AUGUCUCGAACACCCAUCCCGCGCCAACUGCUAUGGCAGCAGCUUCGGCAGACAACACGAAGUGGUGCUGUACGUUGCCGAGCACAGGUUCAAGGAGUCAGACACUAUGCGGCAGACAACAAGGAAGAGCGGGAGUCUUUCAAGGGACAGUUAUACCAAAGUACGCAUGAGCGCGUGCAGCGCGAGAGGGCAGACGAGGAGCGGUUCGCGAGACAGCGAGAUGCUGAGAGAGCGGCUUCGGGGAGCUCGCUGGGAUUGGCUAUACCAGUAGCACUACUCGCCGGCGCAUUCGGAGGAUGGCUCAUGGGCAAGCAGACGCCCAAGGAACCAGAGCCAUUGUCGACAGCUCCCCUCUCGGUCACGAAGCCACCACAACAUGACACCGCGCCGGCGACUCUGCAAGCAGCAUGGGCUGACCUGAAAGAUGUCGUGGGCGAGGAGAACCUGUCCACCAACGCCGAUGAACUGGCGUCUCAUGCCGGCAGCGAAUGGAGCUCAUACGCCCACAAAGAGUCCGACCAAGCCUUCUGCAUCGUCCGACCUUCAAGCACUGAAGAGGUCUCCGGCAUCAUGAAAGUGUGUCACAAACGCAAAAUACCGGUUACAGGCUACAGCGGCGGAACUUCGCUGGAAGGACACUACGCAGCAACGCGAGGUGGUGUCUGCAUCGACUUCAGCCGCAUGGACCAGAUCGUUCAAUUACACAAGGAAGAUCUAGAUGUGGUUGUGCAGCCAGCGGUAGGAUGGGAAGUGCUAAACGAGGAGCUCGCUGAGCAUGGCCUCUUCUUCCCGCCAGACCCAGGCCCGGGCGCGCAGAUCGGAGGUAUGAUCUCGACCGGCUGCAGCGGCACGAAUGCGUAUCGGUAUGGCACGAUGAAGGACUGGGUGCUUAGCAUUACGGUUGUGAUGGCGGACGGCACGAUUGUCAAGACCAAGCAACGACCGCGGAAGAGCAGCGCUGGGUACGAUCUCACGCGCAUGUUCGUCGGUUCAGAAGGCACUCUCGGUCUGGUCUGCGAAGCCACCCUGAAAGUCACGCCGAAACCGCAGAAUACGCGGGUAGCAGUCUGCACCUUCCCAACAAUCCGCAGCGCAGCCGACUGCGUCUUCCGCGUCGUCGGCGAAGGCGUGCCCAUCGCCGCGGUCGAGAUCCUGGACGAUGUACAGAUGAAAUGCAUCAACGACGUCGGCCGGACUUCGCGUUCAUGGAAGGAAGCACCAACGCUGUUCUUCAAGUUCAGCGGCACGCCGACGGCGGUGAAAGAGCACAUCAGCAUCGUCAAAGACCACGCCAAGAAAGCCGGUAGUCAGACCUUCGAGUUCGCGCGGAAUGCGGAGGAAGGCGAUGAACUGUGGGAGGCUCGUAAAGAAGCGCUCUGGUCGGUUAUGGCGAAGCGAAGGGACGAUUCGGAUCAUGUCUGGACUACGGAUGUCGCUGUGCCCAUCAGCAGACUACCUGAUAUCAUUGACGAGACCAAGUCGGAGAUCAGCAAGAGUGGCCUUACGGGCGCUAUUGUUGGGCAUGUUGGUGAUGGGAAUUUCCACGCCAUCAUCUUGUAUAAUGACAAGGAGCACGAUAUCGCCGACGAUCUGGUGCACAACAUGGUCAAGCGCGCGAUUGAGAUGGAAGGAACGGCGACGGGUGAGCAUGGCGUUGGGCUUGUGAAGCGGGAUUACCUGCCCCAUGAGGUUGGGCAGAGUGCUGUGGACUUGAUGCGGAAGAUGAAACAAGCGUUUGAUCCAUUGUGUCUGCUGAACUGCGACAAGGUCAUUCGCGCGCAGCAGCCGAAACCUGGUGAAGUCCAGGAGUGGUGA